UUGUGCCCGUGACAAAAUCUAAUUCCCACCUGCCUGUAAGCCAACUGAAGUUUUCUCCUGAAAUACAGCAGGCUACUUGUUUUAGGAAGAAAGCAAUUAAUUAUCAGGGUAAAAGCGGAACAAGAAAGGAACACCAACUAAAUACUUAACCAGCGAUUCAACCGAGUUUCGCCUGCCCAUCCCGUCUUCGGUUUUGUCGUCUCUCUCCCUCUCUCCAGCUUUUGCGCGAAACACAUCGGUUUGGCUUCAGGGUUCGCAGUUCUUGAAUCAGAUGGCUUCCGCAAUGCUCUCUUUCGCGUCAGCUGCCGCCUCCGCUUCAGCUUCACUGCCAGUGCAUGAAAAUCUCAAGGGGAAAACAAAGAUUGGAAGUGUUAAUUUCGGCAGUAGUGUGCAAGAGAGAAACCCAUUUGGCAAAACUAAGCAUUUUGGUAGGGUAUCUAUGACUGUUGCAGUUAAUGUUUCUCGAUUUGAGGGCAUAACAAUGGCCCCUCCCGACCCGAUUCUUGGGGUUUCUGAAGCCUUUAAAGCAGACACGGAUGAAAAGAAGCUCAACCUUGGAGUCGGGGCAUAUCGGACUGAAGAAUUGCAGCCUUACGUGCUUAAAGUUGUCAAGAAGGCUGAGAAUCUCAUGCUGGAGAGAGGGGAAAACAAAGAGUAUCUCCCAAUAGAAGGUUUAGCCGCAUUCAAUAAAGCAACUGCAGAGUUAUUGUUUGGAGCAGAAAAUCCAGUGAUAAAGCAACAGAGAGUUGCAACUGUUCAAGGUCUUUCAGGGACCGGUUCCCUUAGGCUGGCUGCUGCUCUUAUUGAGCGGUACUUUCCUGGAGCGAAGGUGUUGAUAUCAUCUCCGACUUGGGGAAACCACAAGAAUAUUUUCAAUGAUGCUAGAGUUCAGUGGUCUGAAUACCGAUAUUAUGACCCAAAAACAGUGGGAUUGGAUUUUGACGGGAUGAUUGCUGACAUUAAGGCUGCGCCAGAAGGAUCUUUUAUCUUGCUCCAUGGCUGUGCUCACAACCCAACUGGCAUUGAUCCAACCCCUGAACAGUGGGAAAAGAUUGCCGAUGUCAUUCAAGAGAAGAAUCAUAUACCUUUCUUUGAUGUUGCUUAUCAGGGAUUUGCAAGUGGAAGCCUUGACGCUGAUGCUGCAUCAGUGAGACUGCUUUCUGCUCGAGGCAUGGAGCUUCUGGUGGCUCAGUCUUACAGUAAGAAUCUGGGUCUUUAUGCAGAGAGAAUUGGAGCAAUCAAUGUUGUCUGCUCAUCUGCAGAUGCAGCAACAAGGGUGAAGAGCCAACUGAAGCGGCUUGCUCGGCCAAUGUAUUCUAAUCCUCCUGUCCAUGGGGCUAAGAUUGUUGCGAAUAUUGUCGGCGAUCCAGCUCUAUUCAAUGAAUGGAAGGCAGAAAUGGAGAUGAUGGCCGGAAGGAUCAAGAAUGUGAGACAAAAGCUAUAUGACAGCCUCUCUGCCAAGGACAAGAGCGGGAAGGAUUGGUCAUUUAUACUCAAGCAAAUUGGCAUGUUCUCAUUUACAGGCUUGAGCAAAACUCAGAGCGAUAACAUGACAAACAAGUGGCAUGUCUACAUGACAAAGGACGGAAGGAUCUCCUUGGCUGGAUUAAACUUGGCGAAGUGCGAGUAUCUUGCAGAUGCCAUCGUGGAUUCAUAUCACAACGUCAGUUGAGUCUCAGAGACAAGGAGGAGGUAAUUGUAUUAGGAACCUUCGAAAGUUUUGGUCAUGGGAUACGGCGUAGUGGAAAACUGGACAACAAUAAUUCAGCAAAUAAUGUAAUCUUCAGCAACGCUUCAAAAUAAUUGUGCUUGAAGUCUCAAUCUUUGAUGGGGAUUAAGCCCCUAGUUCAGAGGAAGUUCAAUGAAAAUUUUGAGUUCUC